CACGAUUCUGCGCGUACUCAUUCGUGUCACCGUACUUGUCAGUGUACGUUGUUCCUUCUGUAAUUUCUACAAUUAAUAUAAAUUUAUAAUAAAAUUAUUCAAUAAUUCAAGAUAUCACAAAAUGUCGUUAGACGAGAAUUUUACCAAAGCAAGUGAGGAUGUUAAAAAACUUUCUUACAAACCGUCGAAUGCUUCUUUACUCGAAUUGUAUUCACUGUAUAAACAAGCAACAGUCGGUGACUGUGAUACAGAUAGACCAAAUGUUUGGGAAUUUGAAAAAAAAGCUAAAUGGGAUGCAUGGAACAAACUAAAAGGUAUGAGUCAAGAUACAGCAAAAGAAAAUUACAUAACUAAAGCCAAUGAAUUAAUGAAAGCUGAUGAAAAGUAACAAUAAAUUUUUAAAAAACACAAA